AUGUGUUCACAACGCUAUUCAGAAAGUCGAACUAUACACGAAGAAACUCGUCGAGGAAACGAUCAAUUCAAUGCACCGUUUAGUCAACGCGUGCCGGUCCCUAUUGAACGCUCAAUAAAUAGUUUUAAUAAUACUCCUAACGAACAACGUGUACAGGAACGUAUUCGCAAUCAUGACACGAGUGUACAAUGGGUGAACGAUCCAAUCACUGGUCAAGAAAAAUUCCGGGUCCAUAUUAAUAUUGACGGAUUUAGUCAAAAUGAAGUGAACAUCCGUGUGGAUGGAAAUAAGCUGGUUGUCUAUGGCGAACAUAUUGAAAAUCAUAAUGACAGUACAGCCAAAAAAAUUAUUGAAAAAUCGUUUGAAUUACCUCGUGAUGUUGAUUCUCAUAGCCCACAUGUAUCAUUUCCAACGAUAACAAAAAUGCAAGUUGAUUUUCCAUCACGUCAUUCGAAUGUGUUGAUCGACGAUGGUCGAACAUCGUCGAAAUUCUUAUCAAAUUAUGACAUAUCUCAACGGCCGACAUCUGGAAUUACACAACAACGAAGUUCAACUGAAUACACAUCAACAAGACGACUCGGUGGUGGUACUACGAAUACUUACGAGCGAAUUCCAAGUCCGCCGCGUACUUCAACUUUCGACCGACCAUUCGGUAACAGUGAUUUCGGUCGUAAUACUAUGAAUACAUAUUCAUCGAGUACUAAUAAUCAAUCACACGAAUAUGAAGUCCCAUUCAAUCGAGCUUCUAAUACUUCUACAAUAGCAGAUUCGAUCAACCAAUCGAGUAAGCCAGCAUAUACAUAUCGCGUCUCAAGAAACUAUUCGCCAUCACGAACAACAUUUCCUUCAUCGAUACGUGGUGAUUUCGACAAUGUCACAGAACAAACAUUUACCGAAACGCACCGUGAAACACAUCAUCGUCGUUCAAGUCCAACGUCAGGCGUUCAGUCCUCUCAUGAAGUUGAGCAUCAUCGUUCUGGUAGUCCAUCGAUAGCUAAAGGUCUCGAUGAAGACCGCUUUCGCACAAGUCUUAGUCUUGGCGGUCGAAACUUAUCACCAGCAUCGUCACGGAAUCUUGAAGUGCGCGAAUUUUCACGACGUAUUGGAAGCGGUCAAAGCGAUCAAAAGAAUGAUCGAUUUCCUAGUAGUGAUACUUCAUUAUUUGCUCGUGAUUUCAAUACGGAAGCAUUUUAUCGAAGUGCAUUUCAACCGCAAGUCUACACCGAUGAUCGCGGUCAGAAAUGUAUUGAAAUGAAACUUGACGUAAAUAACUACCAACCCAAUGAAAUCAAAGUCUCGGUUAAUGGCAAUGAUCUUGUUGUUCAAGCUGAACAUAAUAUUGAACGACCACCUACAUCAUCAACACGCGCAUAUUUCUACAAACAAAUAACCUUACCAUCAAAUACCGAUUUCUCUAGCUUAGCAUCGCAAUAUCAUCCCGAUGGUAAGCUUCAUAUUACUGCAAAAUUAACGCAAGAGCAAUCAUCGAUUAGAUAUAAUUAA